CAUAUGGAAACGGAGCACUAGCGUAUAAAUACGACGAAAAACGUACUUUUCACAACAGUUCGUUUUAAAAAAUCACAAAAGUUACGUCUUUAUUUUUCAGUAGAUAUAGGUACGUUACAUAUAUAUAUAUAUCAGAAACCAAUUAUUUUGUUAAAUAUGUCUUUGGUGCCAUUGUUCUUCCGAGACUGGUGGGAAGAUUUCGAACGCGAGCGGUUACCCAGACGAUUAUUGGACCAACACUUUGGUCUGGGAUUGCAUAGAGAUGAUCUGUCCAAUCUGACGUCUGCUCUGUCUUCGCCUUCUCUGAGAUCGGCCACAUACUAUAGACCAUGGCAAGGAGUACUCAACAGGCAAAAUAGUGGUACGUCCAACCUUAAGUUUGAUGAAAAACAAGUGCAAGUUAUAUUGGACGUCCAACAAUUUGGACCCGGUGAGAUUACCGUCAAAACGUCAGAAGGAGCAAUAAUUGUAGAAGGAAAACACGAAGAAAAACAAGACGAGCAUGGUUUUAUAUCCAGACAAUUUAAAAGGAGAUAUUUAUUACCUAAAGAUGUGGAUAUAGAACAGAUCGUUUCAAGCUUGUCUUCAGAUGGAAUACUUACAGUUAGCGUCCCUAAAAAGGAAACCCAAGUAACAGGUGAACGCAGUGUACCAAUUAUUCAAACAGGAAUACCAGCAGUAAAAGCAGCUGAAGCAGUGAAAAAUGACGAAACUCCCAUAGUUACUGAGAUUAAAGUUGAACAUCAAUAACUUUGUUCUUUUAUAUUUUACUUAUAUAUUAUACUAAUAAUGGAUUUUGAAUAAUGUUUUAUUUAUAAAAUGUAACUUAUGAUAAAUACAAUUUUUUUUAUUGUUCA